AUGGACCCGUUAUAUCCUGAGCCACUCGAGCAGAGAGUCGAAGCAGAGACUGAGAGGCGCGCCCAGGAAGAGCUGGCCGCUGCACAGCGGAGUGCCGCCGAUGGCCCUUCAUCCGGUAAGGAGCGUCGGAGGGGGAGCAUCUCGAUAUCCAAGCUCGGAGAGCUCGCGGUAGCAGGCCCUUCGGAGCUGCUGAGUAGUGGCCCUCCGACACCGAAUCGGUUGUCGAUGAUCCCAAGUUUCUACGAAGAUCAACUAAACCACAGCUUCGACUCAUUCAGUUCCGCUCAUCUGGGGCAGGACGCCGACACGGAGGAAGAUCACGGCGUGACGCAGCUGCACAUAGUCGGCGGGCGCCAGUCGAUGUCCAUCUCCAAGGCCGUAGGCAACCUACUUCCGCGGAAACUCAGCCGGGCGCGAUCCGCGACGAUCGUGUCCACCGAGGCGAGCACCAACGUGGUGAUCGGGGUGUCGGUGGAGGAGGCGACGGCCGAGGCACACGAUGCGGAGGGCGGUGAGCACCCCGUCGUCGUGGGUGCUGUUGUGUCCGGCCCGAGUACGCAAAGGCCCGUGUCGUCGGACUCCUCGUCGUUGGGUGGACGGAUAGUGGGCCGUGCGCGGAGCCUGACGGAGAAGUUUCGUCGGAAAAGCACGAAUGGACUGCAGGAUCUCUCUUCGUGA